UCUGCGAGUGUACGGACAGUUUAGCGCGCCGGACCGGUGCAGGAAACGCGUCUAGGCUUUGACCUCCUCUCCUUAAUGUGAGCUUCUUGCUGUCAUGUUUAACUUAAAGGCCUUACAGAAAAACAAGACAGUCAAAUAUGGAGUCCCUAUGCUUUUGCUCGUAAUCGGAGGUUCCUUCGGCCUGCGAGAGUUUACACAAAUACGAUAUGAUGCCCAGAGAAUCCGAAAAAGGCUGGAUCCUUCGCUGGAGGCCAAAGUGAACCUCGAGAAGCAGUCAGUCAUGCUGGAGGAGGAGUACGAGAGGAUGAAGCAGGUGAAUUUGGAUGAGUGGAAGAACAUCCGUGGUCCUCGGCCCUGGGAGCACUCCAAGGAGUACCAGGAGCAGCAGCGUAACAGCCAGAAUAAAAAGGAGUGACCCCCCGGGCACGGGCGGGUGGAAAUAACCAUGGCGCUGCUGGUCUGCAGCUCAUCGCCGCCAUCACCACAAGUCGAGCACUCGCCUUUGCGUGGUCUUGGUUCUUGCGUUGAACUUUCCUCGUGGUCCCGUCUGGGGUUUAACACAAUCCGCACCGUAAGAGGUUCAAAUGACACCACCUGACACAGGAGGCAUUGCUCCAUUGUGCUGCACACACACAGUGAGAAGGAGUCAGCUGUUGGUAGGUGGCUCAGGAGGUCGUGAUACAGACCACCAGUAGGUGGCACAUCGGUGUGCUGCUGAGAGCGAGGAAGGAGAAUAAAUGUUUGUGUAUGACUUCCAUGUUUCAAUAAAUUAUAUUCUAUCGAUCCAA